GUAUGUGUGAUGAUGGAGAGGGAAAUGGAAAAGGGGACGUCCCAACGACUGGGACUGGGACGCAAGAACCGGGACAGGAAAGGCCCGAGUAGGGACCACAAAGGUUUGCAGGAAAGAAGUGAGGCGAGCCUAGCGGCCAGGUGCCCUGGGAGUCCUCUGAGAGAUGGAGGAGCACUGUGUGGUCAGAGGGGUGUGAGCUUUCUGUUUGGGUUCAGUGGAAGACAGAAUGGGCUGAGCUGGAACUGACUUAAAUGCCGGCAAAAGGAGUUGUCCAGCAUGCUCUGCCCAGCCCAUGCCGGGGCGCACUGACCAUGAGCCUCAGCUCCUCCCUCGGCCACAGGAAGGAGCUGCGUAACCUCACUGCGGAGGAGGCUGGUGAAGGGGGCGUGAUUGUCACUGAGUUCAUCGCCAUCAUUGUCAUCACCAUUUUUGUCUGCCUGGGCAACCUGGUCAUCGUGGUCACCUUGUACAAGAAGUCCUACCUCCUCACCCUAAGCAACAAGUUCGUCUUCAGCCUGACCCUGUCCAACUUCCUGCUGUCGGUGUUGGUGCUGCCUUUCGUGGUGACCAGCUGCAUUCGCAGGGAAUGGAUCUUUGGCGUGGUCUGGUGCAACUUCUCCGCCCUCCUCUACCUGCUGAUCAGCUCGGCCAGCAUGCUCACCCUCGGGGUCAUUGCCAUCGACCGCUACUACGCUGUCCUGUACCCCAUGGUGUAUCCCAUGAAGAUCACGGGGAACCGGGCUGUGAUGGCGCUUGUCUACAUCUGGCUUCAUUCCCUCGUCGGCUGCCUGCCGCCCCUGUUUGGUUGGUCACCUGUGGAGUUUGACGAGUUCAAGUGGAUGUGUGUGGCCGCCUGGCACCGGGGGCCUGGCUACACCGCCUUCUGGCAGAUCUGGUGUGCCCUGCUGCCCUUUCUGGUCAUGCUGGUGUGCUACGGCUUCAUCUUCCGCGUGGCCAGGGUCAAGGCGCGCAAGGUGCACUGUGGCACGGUGGUCAUUGCGGAGGAGGAUGCCCAGAGGACCGGGAGGAAGAACUCCAGCACCUCUACCUCCUCUUCGGGCAGUAGGAGGAAUGCCUUUCAGGGUGUGGUGUACUCUGCCAACCAGUGCAAAGCCCUCAUCACCAUCCUGGUGGUCAUUGGUGCCUUCAUGGUCACCUGGGGCCCCUACAUGGUUGUCAUCACCUCCGAGGCCCUCUGGGGGAAGAACUCUGUCUCCCCGACCCUGGAGACCUGGGCCACGUGGCUGUCCUUUACCAGUGCCAUCUGCCACCCCCUGAUCUAUGGACUGUGGAACAAGACGGUUCGCAAGGAACUACUGGGCAUGUGCUUCGGGGACCGGUACUACCGGGAACCGUUUGUGCAGCCGCGGAGGACGUCCAGGCUGUUCAGCAUUUCCAACAGGAUCACAGACCUGGGCCUGUCCCCGCACCUCACGGCGCUCAUGGCAGGCGGACAGCCCCUGGGGCACAGCAGCAGCACCGGGGACACUGGCUUCAGCUGCUCUCAGGACUCAGGGACGGACGUGAUGCUGCUUGAGGACUACACCUCUGAUGACAACCCUCCCUCCCACUGUACUUGCCCACCCAGGAGAAGGAGCUCGGUGACAUUUGAGGAUGAGGUGGAACAAAUCAAAGAGGCCGCCAAGAACUCCAUUCUCCACGUGAAAGCCGAAGUACACAAGUCCUUGGACAGCUACGCAGCCAGCCUGGCCAAAGCCAUCGAGGCUGAAGCCAAGAUCAACUUAUUUGGGGAGGAGGCUCUGCCAGGGGUCUUGUCUGCGACGCGGACCGUCCCGGGGGCUGCCUUCGGGGGCCGUCGGGGCAGCAGGACUCUUGCAAGCCAGAGGCUCCAGCUGCAGAGCAUCGAAGAAGGGAACGUGUUGGCUGCAGAGCAGAGAUGAAGGCCUCGGGGUGCACUGGGGCUGGGGCUGGAGUGGAGACACCGGCCGUGGAGGGCUUCCCGUCACCGUCUGUGCCAGUGCCCUGGGGGCUGCACUGUGCACAGUGGGCCCAACACGGGCGGAAACGUCUGGUGUGCAACCACCUGGAAAAGGACUGAAAAUAAUGUCUGCAGCCCCUGACUUCAGUGUCCGCCUUGAGACCACGGGCUUCUUGGAGGUCCCAGUGAUGGAACCGGAAGCAUCUAAAGC